AAGGUUCCGCUGCCAGACGACAGGCGCCACCACCCUUGGUAAUAACUGUCGUGUACAUCACUCUUCAGACUCAAGCACCGAGUGCAUAUUGACGAUAUUAGCAAGAUGAAGGAGUUCGACGAUUUGUUCCUAGAGGAUGACUACAGAUCACCUUUGCUUAACCCUUUGUAUAUGCCACUACUCACUUGGAGAGCGCCAGACGAUUUCUCGGUGGUAGGAGCAGCUGCAGCUGUGAGCAUCUUGUAUACAUGAAGGCAGAGAGGCAAGCAAUGACAGCCCUGAGGAAGUACCCACAUCUACCGGUGCACAUAGUGGAGGAACACAAUGAUGCUCUCCACCCCAUCCUUCGUGCUGUGGGAUCCAAACACCUUCCCUUCUCAAACAAUCUCCUUCUACAUUUUGAUUCCCAUCCAGACCUUCUGAUUCCCACAGAUCUAAAAGCCUCAGAGGUCUUUGAUGUUCCUAAUAUGCUAGAGAAACUGAGUAUUGAAAACUGGAUACUCGCAGCUGCCUUUACUGGUCAGAUCUCCACCAUCAUCUGGAUGAAGCCUUCCUGGUCCAAUCAGAUAGAGGAUGGUCACUACAACUUCCUGAUUGGGGAGCAGAAAGGCACAGAUCGUAUCAGGGUCUCAUGUCCAGCUUUUUAUUUUGUGGGGGAGAUGCUGUACUGUAAACCAGAGGAACUGACCAGCACCAAGGAGGUUAAUCUACAUGUCCACACGUUGGGUACUGAAGUGGAGGAGACUGUAGAACAAGAUCUGGUGCGGCUUAUCAACUGUCAUGAGAAUCACUAUGUCUUAGAUGUGGACCUGGACUACUUCUCCACCAGAAAUCCUUUUGUUUCUAUGCACAGCAAGGCAGACAUGUAUGAGAGGCUCAAGACACUCUAUCAUUUUAAGUACACCCAAACAGAAGAGACAGAGGUAGUCGAGGAGCACGUCAAGAGGAGAAGUGCUCAAAUUGAGACUCUGCACAGCAUAUUUUCCUACCUCCAGAAGCUUAAGGAUCCCACAGAGAUAGAAGCAGAAAUCACUAGUGUCUGUCAGCCCAUGCAGGACUCCAAGCAAAGGGAGUACCUCAAAGCUUUGAUCCUGGACUUACUGAAGGACUGCCAGGGAGAGGAUGGGGAGAGUGGAGUGGACUGGGAGCUGGUGCAUGAUGCCGGAUGCACCAUUGAUGAUGACACCCACCAGCUGCCUCAUCAUGUGUCUUCCAAGGAGGAAAUUGACUCCCUCAUGGAAACAUUUUGUUCAUUAGUCACCCGUCUUCCUCAGCCCACACUGGUGACUGUGGCACGUUCCAGUGAGGAUGACUACUGCCCACCGCACCAAGUAGAUGGCAUACAGGAGGCCCUCUGUGGUUUUCUUCGCAAGACAUACAGCAUAAACUGCUUAAAACACUAUCAAGACUAGGCAGUGUCUGAUUCCCAGUUUCAACUUGACUGAUGUAACAAUUAAAUUGGGAAGUACAUAUUCCAGACUUAAAGCCAAAAAAGAUUAUCUUCCAAAGUUGUAAGGCAUACAGAAACAGAAGCAGAAUCACACAGUAUUAUUGUACUUUAAUAAAUGCCUUUAAUAAAUGCAGGAGAUGCAAAAUUAGUUUUAUUCAAAUGACUGACAUAAGGCACUUCUUGAUACUUCAGUUUGUGGGAAUUUUUUCUUCAUAUAAAGUAAUAACAAACAUCAUCUUAUAUGAAAGCACUCUUUUUUUCAAUAUUGCUACUAUUCACAACUGACAUAACUGUUUUCUUCCUAAAAGACAAGAAAAUGAAAAUACAAGGAAAUUUAAUAAACAACAAAAUUUAAGAGAACAUUCAACUUUCAUUCACAUUUACACAAUUCAAGGCAUUUUUAAGUAAUCUUUAUAGUAGCAUUAUAUAUUUAUGUAUUAAGCUAACCUUAAAGUGGGAUAGAUGAGACAAAGCAUCUAUACACGUUCACAAGCACUGCCUCACAUCACAGCCUCUACAGGAGAGAAGACCAAGCCCCACUAGGCUGAAUGAGGGUCUCCUAUGCAGCAGAUCUGGCAGCUUCUCCAGCAGGAACAGCAGCAGAGGUGCUAUGAUUUAACCUGUAUCCUUUUUGCUGGCUGCUCCCACCUGGAAAAAUUAAUAUGUUGGUUAUACAAACUAAUGCAGAAAUCAAUAUAAAGUGUGAAAGUUAUCUAGACCUCAAGACACUUAAUAGUUCCUCUCUUGUAAAACUAGUGGUGUUUCCCUUGCAGUUUGUGUAUGUAUUGAUAAAGGAAAAUGUUGAAUAAAGUUCGAAUGUGGC